AUGCUGCUGGCAGCUGCCUUCGUCUUCACAUAUUACACCACUUGGGCAAUACUGCUGCCAUUCUUGGACUCGGAUAGCCCUGUACACAACUUCUUCCCUGCCAGGGAGUGGGCCGUUCGUAUACCAGCCUUUUUACUUGUGGUCGGACUCUCAGGCAUCGGCUUCUUCUUGGGAGCAACCAUCGUCAAAGAAAACCGCAUCAAGGCCCACAAAGCUAAGCUACGAAGUGCUUGA